AUGGAGUGUUCCCUUGCGGAACCCCACGAUGUAGGCGUUGAGGUGUUGCCUGGCGAAAGAUUAGUUGACGUUGACUAUGCGGACGAUAUCGUCUUGCUUUUCGACGCUGUUGCGGCAUCACAAUCAACCCCGAAUAGCCUAGCUAGAGUGGUCCCGUUAUUCGGUAUGCACUUCUCACCUUCAAAGUGCAAAAUGUUGCUGCAGGACCACCAGCCACUGUAUGAAUCCUUGACGCCUGCUAACGGGGAAAUCGAGGUGGUUGAUCAAUUCGCUUAUCAUAGCAGCUGCAUCAGCAACGAUGGGCACAUAGAAACUGACGUCAGCUCACGCAUUGCAAAGGCCAGAGCUGGCUUCUUGAACCUGCGGCAUUUUUGGCGACAGAAGGGAAUUUCCGUCCGUCUGAAAGGCCGUGUAUACAAGGCCACGGUGAGGGCCGCCCUACUCUAUGGCAGUGAGACUUUGCCCCUUCGGUCUGAAGAUCUGUGGCGUCUUCAAGUCUUUGAUCAUCGUUGUCUGCGAAGCAUUGCUGGUGUCGGAUGGCAUCAGUGUCCGUAA